GGUUGAGAACGAACGCUGCGAACGCGACUGUGGGACUGUGGGUUACGGAAGAGUUGUUUGGUGCUUGAGUUAGAGCAGCGUGAUGUCGUCCCCUCUUGAAGCGCUUGAAACAAAUUUAGAAAUGUUUAUAGAGAAUGUUCGGCAGUUAGGAAUAAUUGUUAGUGACUUUCAGCCUCAGGGUCAAACCACGUUAAACCAGAAAAUAAAUCACAUCGUCACUUUGAUGCAAGAGGUGGACAGAUGUAAGCCAGAAGUCCAGGACAUACAAGUGCCAUUGGAAGUGUUCGACUACAUUGACCAAGGAAGGAAUCCGCAACUGUUUACGAAGGACUGCAUGGAAAAGGCGCUGACCAAGAAUGAACAAGUGAAAGGCAAAAUCGAAUCCUAUCGCAGGUUCAAGGCACUGCUGCUUCUGGAGCUAAGCAAGGUGUUCCCCACAGAAAUGGCCAAAUACAGGGCCAUCAGAGGCGACGAGCGACCAGCCACAUAGAGGCCUUUUG